CAAAGUAAUUAUUAUUCAGGAUAUUUUAUGAUGAAAAGGAAAAUAUAAACUAAACGUUCCAUUUCAUGAACACACGUGGUUGAGGUCGGCUGAUAUUUAUUCCAUCCACGAUGUCGCCGGUCGCCGCGAGCCACGCUUCUACCUCACAUUGCGUCCACUGUCCUUCUUGUUUCACUAUAAAGACGGUCACCGAUAGACCUUUGAUAUCAUUCAGCUUAACAGUAGCUUAUUGACAACAACAUGUUCAAAUUCUUGGUACUCGCUUGCAUCGCGGCCGUGGCCGUAGCUUCCCCCGAGCCUAAGCCGGGCGUGCUGUACAGCGCGGCAUACACGGCGCCCGUGGCGGCGGCGUACACCGCGCCCGUGGCGGCCGCGUACACCGCGCCGCUCGCCUACUCCGCGUACACCGCGCCGCUCGCCGCCUACUCCGCCUACCCCUACGCCUCGCCCUACGCCGCCUACUACCUGCGCAAGUGAUCUGAACAAAAAAAUGAACAAUAACUCAUAAACCGCAAAUAUAAAUGAUUAUUAUUUAAAUUAA